AUGAUGGACGAUGAUUCGAGCAUCAUUUUGAACACUAAAUGGACUGUUUUACCAUCCGAAACCUCGGUUUCUGGCAACAGCAACUACAAGCAUCGUCCCAGCAAACGUGCCCGGCACGAUCACGGUGGGUCGUUACCGAGGUUUAAAGGUCUAGCCCCGCAGCAAAAUGGGAAUUGGGGUGCACAAAUAUACGCCAACCACCAGCGGAUAUGGCUCGGAACGUUCAAGUCCGAGAAAGAGGCCGCCCUAGCAUACGACAGUGCAGCCAUCAAGCUACGUUGCGCCGGCGACACCCAAAGGAACUUCCCCUGGACAGAUCUCAACAUCCAAGAACCGGCCUUUCAAAGCCUCUAUUCGAACGAAGAUGUACUGAACAUGAUCAGAGACGGUUCGUAUCAAGCCAAGUUGGAAGAUUUCGUCAAGAUUUUGUCUAAAAAAGAUGGGAAAUCGACCACUAAUCUUAACAAAAAGCUCGUGCAUGGCAAUACACAGUUUUCAUGCACGCAACUUUUUCAAAAGGAAUUAACGCCGAGCGAUGUUGGCAAACUUAACCGGCUCGUGAUCCCUAAAAAAUACGCCGUUAAACACUUCCCUCAAAUCUGCGAGACCGGUCGACAAAGCUUGGCCGGUGAGGUCGAAGACACCGAGCUUGUCUUCUACGACAAGUUGAUGGCGACAUGGAAAUUUCGUUACUGCUACUGGAGGAGUAGCCAGAGCUUUGUGUUCACAAGGGGAUGGAGCCGAUUCGUGAAGGAGAAGAAACUGAGUGAGAAAGAUACUGUAACGUUUUACGCAUGCGAGCGCCCUGGAGGGGAUCAAAAUGGUAGAAAUUUCUUCCUCAUUGAUGUGAAUUACAAUGGCGAGAAAGAUACAUUGGAAACAUCGGCCGAUGACGACUGUCUGGAGGAUAAUAUGGAGUUGGAGUUGGAGCUGAAUUUGGGGAAGAAGAGUUACUGUAAGAUUAGUAGUGAAGAUAAAACAGUAGAGAAGAAAAGUGUUACCCUUUUUGGAGUACAGAUCAACUGA